GAAACAUAGGUUAAUUAUAAACUUAUGUAUUAUCAGUAGUGAGAUAUAUUUUGAUACUUGUUUGAUGACAGAUGACAAUUGCAUAUAACAAGGACCCUAGCCCAAUUAAGCUUAAUUUGGGAAUUGGUGCUUACCGAACUGAGGAGGGGAAACCUUUGGUUCUUAAUGUUGUGAGGAAAGCUGAGCAGCAGCUUAUCAAUGACAGCUCACGAGUCAAGGAGUAUCUGCCCAUUGUUGGAUUGGUUGAGUUCAACAAGCUAAGCGCUAAGCUCAUACUAGGCGCUGACAGUCCUGCUAUUCGAGAGAAUCGGGUUACAACCGUGGAGUGUUUGUCUGGUACUGGUUCCCUCAGAGUUGGAGGAGAGGUUUUAGCCUAGCAUUAUCAUCAGAGAACAAUUUAUAUUACUCAGCCAACAUGGGCAAACCAUCCUAAAAUUUCCACCUUAGAGCAGGCUGGUUUGUCAGUGAAAACUUACCACUACUACGAUCCGUCGACACGUGGGUUGAACUUUCAAGGUUUAUUAGAAGACAUUGGUGAUGCCCCACCUGGUUCUAUAGUGCUUCUCCAUGCUUGUGCUCAUAACCCAACUGGUGUUGAUCCAACCCUUGAACAAUGGGAGCAAAUCAGAAAGUUGAUGCGUUCAAAAGGAUUGAUGCCAUUCUUUGACAGUGCUUAUCAGGGCUUUGCAAGUGGAAGCCUGGAUACAGAUGCGAAACCGAUUAGGAUGUUUGUUGCUUAUGGUGGAGAGUGCCUCGUUGCUCAGAGCUAUGCAAAGAACAUGGGACUCUAUGGAGAACGAGUUUGAGCUCUCAGCAUUGUAUGCAAAUCAGCAGAUGUAGCGGGAUACGGAAGAGUCGAAAGCCAACUUAAACUAGUCAUAAGACCAAUGUACUCAAACCCUCCGAUUCACGGUGCAUCAAUCGUGGCUGUAAUCCUCCGUGACAGGAACUUGUUCAACGAAUGGACUCUUGAACUGAAAGCCAUGGCUGAUCAUAUCAUCAGCAUGAGAAAACAGCUUUUCGAGGCGUUAAGUGCUCGAGGGACGCCUGGUGACUGGAGUCACAUCAUAAAGCGGAUUGGUAUGUUUACGUUCACGGGUUUAAACUCAGCUCAAGUCUCUUUUAUGACUAAAGAGUACCACGUUUACAUGACAUCCGACGGGAGGAUAAGCAUGGCUGGUCUUAGCUCCAAGACGGUUCCGCACCUUGCUGACUGAUAAUUUGUGGGAUUAUGAGAGCUUCUAAGUGUUUUAACCGUGAUGAAGCACACGAACAAAGUAAAAAAGGAGUGAAGUAACCGUAAGUAUUUGAGAGAGAAGAGAAAUUUGCGAAUUUAAGAGAAUGAGAGGAUUUGUGAGAUUGAGAGA